UGGCGGCUUCACGGACAUCUGCGAAGUGGCAGGAGAUCCCGAGCGGCGAGGCAGAUGGAGAACCCCACGUUGACCUGUACGCCUUUUAACCACGAUAUCGAGAUCAUCUCGGAGAUCGCUUGCCAUAUUCAAUUCGAAUUAUUUGAAGCGCAUAUUCUCGUUGUUGCGCAACCUCAUCUGACCCCUUACAUCUUCUCUCCUUGACUUGCUGCAUUCCCCUUCCCAGUGCACACAUACAACUUCUCCUUCCACCUUCUCAGACUUCGAUAUGGCGCCCUCCGCUAUCAGCGACCUCUUGCCUUCGGGCCCUAUAACCUCGAAAUCCAUCAACCCCGUCAAAGAAGAACGUCAUGUCCACGGCAUGGAAGACAAGACGCCCAUUGCCGCCAUCUCCCACGGCGACGUGAUGCUUCCGGGCGUGCCUACGUUUACCGACCUCGCCGCCCAGCGCCAAUGGCAACUCGAACACAUGGCCGCCGCUUUCCGCCACUGGGCUCGUGAAGGCUACGUCGAGGGUAUUUCGGGCCACAUCAGUGUCAGAGAUCCAGAGCACGAAGAUGUAUUCUGGACAAAUCCACUGGGCGUCCACUUUGGCCUCCUCAAAGCCAGCGACAUGAUCGCCGUCAACUUCGACGGCAAAGUUGUCGGAGGCAACCGUACGCGCCCGCCCAACGCUGCCGGAUUCCUGAUCCACAGUGAAGUACACAAAGCCCGCCCGGACGUCCACGCCGUCUGCCACGCACACACCGUCUACGGCAAGGCAUGGAGCGUGUUCGGCAAGCCCAUCGAAAUGUUGACUCAGGAUGCCUGCAAAUUCUACAAGUCGCAUAGCGUGUACAACUCGUACGGAGGCGUCGUGCUGGCGAGCGAAGAAGGCGCCAUGAUCGCCAAAGCUCUCGGUCCCACCAACAAGGCGUGCAUCCUGCGCAACCACGGCCUGCUGACGGUCGGUAAGACUGUCGACGAAGCAGCGUUUUUAUUCCUCUCGCUUGAGCAUGCCUGCCAGGGACAGUUGCUUGUUGAGGCCGCCUCAGAGGGCGGUAAGAUCCCAAAAGUGCUGAUUUCGGAUGAGGAGGCCGAUUACACGAACCGCAUGGAAAGCGAUUCCGAGACAUGCUACGCCGAGUUCCAGGCUUAUUACGAUUGGGAAGAUUAUCAGACCAAGGGCGAUUUCAAGGACUGAUCCGGCAAGAGUUUGGAUCGGAAGAGGUUUGCCGGAGAAUUGACAUGUCAAAGACUCCCUUCUCCGGGGCUUGCAGCCUGCUAGAGUUCACAAGAGCGGCGGAUGAAGGGAAAGAAGCAGGCCAGGGCUGAAUGAAUGAAAAGAUGUUGACGAAGUGAUGUCGAUGAACACUUGUACCAACAAAUGUGUGCGGAUCCAUUCCUUGGUUGUGUACCGGUUCUUCAAUCUGGUAUAGAAUUUGCAAUCAAAGCACAUCAGGUACAUGCCAUCGACCAAUUUAUCCUGCGGGAGUCUUAGAUGCUCAUUGAUACGCUGCCACCAGCGGCCGGCUGACUAUUACCAAGCUUCGUUCAGCAGGUAAGGAUGUCCAGGUAUUAUUGCCUUGAACAUCUCAUCUCAUCUCGCGAUGCAAGCAUAUCCUGCACCACACUACUCCGUAAAGCUCAUAACUAGGUAGCUAGGUAUCCAAGCACCUUCCUCAG